AAAAGAAAAAAUAAAAUUCUCUGUGCAAAGAUGAUUCUGAAGAAUAUUAGAGUCCCCUUAGUGGGAAUCCUGGCAUUUUGCGUCAUUACCGCAGCAGCAGCAACAAGAACAGAAGAAAAAAAACCCCCAAGACAUGGCAUAAAACAACCCCAUCCCAUGCACACACCAUCAAAAGAGUACAUCUUAUACAAGGACUGGAGACAGCCUGUCGAGGCUCGAGUUGAGGACUUGUUGAAGCGAAUGACUCUUGCUGAGAAGAUCGGUCAGAUGACUCAGAUCGAUCGUGUCAAUAUCACUUCUCAGAUCAUGAAAGAUUACAUGAUUGGCAGUUUGCUCAGCGGUGGUGGAAGCGUCCCCAAGGCCCACGCGACGCCGAAGGACUGGGUGGACAUGGUGAAUGAUUUCCAGAAGGGUUCUCUCCAGACUAGACUUGGGAUCCCAAUGCUCUAUUCUAUUGAUGCAGUUCAUGGACACAACAAUGUCUAUAAGGCCACCAUUUUCCCACACAAUGUUGGACUCGGAGCAACCAGGGAUCCAGAGCUUGUGAAGAGGAUUGGUGCAGCGACCGCUCUUGAAACUGUAGCUACCGGCAUUCCUUAUGCUUUUGCUCCUUGCAUUGCGGUAUGCCGGGAUCCAAGAUGGGGUAGGUGUUAUGAAAGCUACAGUGAAGAUCACACAAUUGUGCAACAAAUGACAGACAUCAUAUAUGGUUUACAAGGCCAGCCUCCAUCCAACUACCCAAAGGAAUAUCCUUAUAUGGAGAAAGGCAAAGUUCUGGGCUGCGCAAAACACUUUGUGGGAGAUGGUGGCACAGUGAAUGGAAUCAAUGAGAACAACACUAUUAUUGACUGGAAUGGAUUGCUAAAUAUUCACAUGCCUGCCUACUUGGACUCCAUCAGGAAGGGUGUGUCCACAAUCAUGAUUUCCUAUUCAAGUUGGAAUGGAGUGAAGAUGCAUGCUAAUCGCGAUCUUAUCAUAAACUACCUUAAAGGCGCCCUUAAGUUCCAGGGUUUUGUCAUCUCUGAUUGGCAAGGUAUUGACAGGAUCACCUCACCUCCCAAUGCAAACUACACAUAUUCGGUUGAGGCUUCAGUCAAUGCUGGCAUUGACAUGAUCAUGGUUCCCUAUGAUUAUAAGGGAUUCAUUUCAAAUUUGACCCUCUUAGUCAACAAGCAAGUCGUCCCAAUGAGUCGUAUUGAUGAUGCCGUCAGGAGGAUUUUGAGAGUCAAGUUCAUUAUGGGCCUCUUUGAGAAGCCCCUGUAUGAUUAUAGCCUAGCUGAUAAAGUUGGAAACCAGGAACAUAGGGAAUUGGCAAGGGAAGCUGUGAGGAAAUCACUGGUGUUAUUGAAGAAUGGGAAGCAACCAAACAGUCCUUUGAUCCCUCUCCCCAAGAACACAACCAGGAUCCUCGUUGCCGGUAAACAUGCCAACGAUUUGGGUAGCCAAUGUGGUGGCUGGACAAUUGAAUGGCAGGGAAUGAGUGGCAAUAACCUCACCAAAGGUAUGUUUAAAGGAACAACAAUCCUAGGUGCUAUCUCAAGUACAGUUAAUCCAAGAACUGAAAUUAUCUACAGUGAAAACCCAAGUACUGAGCUUAUCAAUAACAACAAAUUUGACUAUGCCAUUGUUGUCGUGGGAGAACCUCCUUUUGCUGAAACUAAUGGAGACAGUUUGAACUUGACAAUUCCUGAACCUGGUCCAAGCAUAAUAAAAAAUGUAUGUGGCAGUGUCAAGUGUGUAGUGGUCGUUGUUGCAGGCCGACCUCUUGUGGUGGAGCCUUUCCUACAAGACAUGGAUGCUCUUGUUGCUGCUUGGCUACCAGGCUCUGAAGGCCACGGUGUGACUGAUGUCCUUUUUGGCGAUUACGGAUUCACUGGGAAGCUUGCUAGAACUUGGUUCAAGAAUGUCAAUCAGCUCCCAAUGAAUGUCGGGGAUCAAAAAUAUGAUCCACUCUUUCCCUUUGAUUUUGGACUCACAACCAACCCGAUUCCAAAGGAUUAUUAGUGGAUUUCGAAAUUUUUUUUUUUUCUUUCCAUUUGAAGGAGGCAUAUAUUGAAGUUGUAUGAGUAUGUGAACUCAUGCAGCAAUAAGAAGUGUUAAUUUAUGUACAGAUUUCCCUCUAUAUAGACUAUAUUGUAAUAGUAGUUUCUUGCUAGCCUUUGUAGUGCAAGAACUGGUUCAUGAAUUGAACCAUUUUGACCAGUUCUUCCACUGGUCAUGACAAUAAUUUUUGUAUAUAUACUUGUUAUGGAAUUGCUAGCUAGAAAACCUAUGUCCUUUCCUAUAUGAAUCAUUUUCUUUCCAAGUAAUAUUCUAUACUUUUUUUUCAUAUAUAUA